AUGCGGUUCAACAUACGAACGUUGCCCAUUUCAUCCCUCGUCCUCACCCUUCCGUCCCUCUCCGCAGCCUUCUACCUACCUGGUGUAGCUCCCACCUCGUACGAUGAAGGUCAAUCUGUUCCUGUGUAUGUUAAUCAUCUCACGCCAGGCCUAGCGCAGCAAGAUGAACAGCUGCAUUCCGUGUUCUCGUACGAUUAUUAUCACCCGGCGUUACACUUCUGCGAACCCGAAGGUGGACCGAAAGAUAUACGGGAAUCGUUAGGAAGCAUUUUAUUCGGCGACCGCAUCCAGUCUUCUCCGUUCCAAUUGUCUAUGGGUAAAAAUGAGACGUGCAAGGCAGUAUGCAAAGAGGUCAAGUUCGACGCGCGAAGCGCUACGUUCACCAACCGGCGUAUUGCACAAGGGUACAAUAUUAACUGGCUUGUGGACGGUCUGCCGGGUGCCCAAAUCAACGUUGAGUCAGUUACCGAUACCAAAUUUUAUAACCCUGGCUUCGCUUUGGGCACGUUAGAUGAGAACGGACAGUCGCUUUUGCACAAUCACUUCGAUAUCUACAUUGAAUAUCACCGCGUGGGGUUCACAGGCAAGGACAAGUAUCGGGUCGUCGGCGUGCUCGUUCAGCCAGACUCACGAGGCAACUCACGAGUCGUCGAGGAUGGAGCUGCCGACUGCGGUAGCAGUGACACCCCCGUUAUACUGAGCGAAGAGGGCGACACCUCGGUUAGUUGGACGUAUGGUGUGUACUGGCGCGAAUCGCCUACUCCUUGGGCUACCCGUUGGGACAAGUACUUGCAUGUCUAUGACCCCAAGAUCCAUUGGUUUUCCCUCAUCAACUCCGCUGUUUUCGUUGUCUUCCUGGUUGGCAUGGUCAGCAUGAUCCUUGUUAGAGCUCUGAAGAAGGACAUUGCUCGAUACAAUAGGCUGGAUAUGAUCAAUCUUGAGGAUCUAGAUGGAACAUCGGCCGCUGUGGAGGAUGGUAUUCAAGAAGAUUCUGGCUGGAAGCUGGUCCAUGGUGAUGUUUUCCGAUGCCCUAAGUCUCCUUUACUGCUGAGUGUUCUCGUUGGCAAUGGAGCACAGCUCUUUAUGAUGACCGGAGUGACAGUUAUUUUUGCUCUCCUUGGCUUGCUGUCUCCCUCAAACCGCGGCUUCUUAGCUACAGCUAUUCUUCUCAUCUAUACGCUCUUUGGCUUUAUCGGAGGAUACGUAUCAUCCAGAGUCUACAAGUCAUUUGGCGGAGAAGCGUGGAAGCGCAACAUUAUCAUGACCCCUGUGCUGGUUCCGGGGCUCAUCUUCUGCGUUUUCUUUCUACUAAACCUUUUCGUCUGGGGUAAAGGAUCGAGCGGGGCAGUUCCAUUUACCACGAUGCUCGCAUUGGUUUUGAUCUGGUUCGUCAUUAGCGUGCCCUUAAGCUUUGCUGGUAGCUGGCUCGGGUUCAAGCAACCGGCUAUCGAAGGUCCGACCAAGACCAACCAGAUUCCACGUCAGGUGCCUCCAAUGUCGGGUACCCUUCGUACGAUUCCUUCUAUACUGUUAACCGGCAUUCUUCCGUUCGGAGCCAUCUUUGUGGAGCUUUACUUCAUUAUGACCUCCCUUUGGACCAACAAGAUCUACUACAUGUUUGGAUUCUUGUUCCUUUGCUACGGCCUAAUGGUGAUCACCUCUGCCGCUACAACGGUUUUAUUGGUGUAUUUCCUUCUCUGCGCCGAGAAUUAUCGUUGGCACUGGAGGGCCUUUGCAGGCGCGGGUAUGACUGGUGGAUAUGUUUUCCUCAACGCUCUUCUUUUCUGGGCGACCCGGGUAAGCUUCGGAGGGUUCACCGGUGCCGUCCUGUACGUCGGCUACUCCGCAUUGAUCUCCUUCGUUGUCUUUAUCUUAACAGGUUCCAUUGGAUUCUUCGCCAGCUGGGUGUUUGUGCAGCGCAUCUAUGGCUCGAUCAAGGUUGACUAA